GAUUUAUUAUCCAGUGCUGUAAUGCGCUUCUCUGUCUUCGCGAGGUUCAGUCCUGGACCCAUUGGGGUCCGCUGCACAGUUUUCAUCGACCAGCCACACUGCGCUCCAAAACUUCUCUCAGCAGUUCAGACUACGAAUAAACGGAGAACUGUGUGAACUGUAGCCUAUCGCUGCAACUGGAAGUGUAGGAUCCGUACGUACACAGACAGCGUAAAAGAGAGAAGCCAAAGAAUUUUUGAACCCGACAUGCACGGGUUAAUUGUAUUAUUCGUAUGUGCCCUGGCUAGUUCAGUGGCUGCUCAGGAACCAGACCAGGCCCACGGCUGUACCCAUGGUAGCUGUUACCCGGCGACCGGUGACUUGUUAGUAGGACGAGAAAAGAAACUCAAGGCUUCAUCCACUUGUGGCAUGAGAAGGAAAGAGCCCUACUGUAUCGUCAGUCAUCUACAGGAUGAAAAGAAGUGCUUCCAGUGUGACUCCCGGCGGCCAUACGAUCCGGCCUACAAUUCCGCCAGCCACCGCAUCGAGAACGUCAUCACCACCUUCAAACAGCACCGCAAGAAGACCUGGUGGCAGUCAGAGAACGGGAAGUCUGCUGUUAGCAUUCAGCUGGACCUGGAGGCAGAGUUCCAUUUCACCCAUCUCAUCAUGACCUUCAAGACGUUCCGCCCGGCCGCCAUGCUGAUCGAGCGCUCGGCGGACUUCGGCCGCACCUGGCAGCCGUACCGCUACUUCGCCUAUGACUGUGCCGCUGUCUUCCCUGAUGUGUCCCUGGGGCCUCUGCGUAGAGUGGAUGAUGUCGUCUGUGAGUCCCGCUACUCCGACAUCGAGCCCUCCACGGAAGGAGAGGUAAUCUACAGGGUUCUGGACCCAGCGAUCCGCAUUGAGGACCCAUACAGCCCCAACAUUCAGAACCAGCUGAAGAUCACCAAUCUGCGUGUGAACUUCACCAAGCUGCACACUCUCGGAGACAACCUGCUGGACUCCCGAGUGGAGAUCAAGGAGAAGUACUACUACGCGCUGUACGAGCUGGUGGUGCGCGGGAACUGCUUCUGCUACGGCCACGCCUCCGAGUGUGCCCCCAUAGCUGGGAUCAGAGACGACAUCGAGGGCAUGGUGCAUGGGAGGUGUGUCUGCAAGCACAACACCAAGGGCCUAAACUGUGAGCAGUGUGAGGACUUCUACAACGACAUGCCUUGGAGGCCAGCUGAGGGCAGGAACACUAAUGCCUGCAAGAAAUGUAACUGCAAUGGGCACUCCGGCCAGUGCCACUUCGACAUGGCGGUGUACCUGGCCACAGGGAAUGUGAGUGGCGGGGUCUGUGAUGACUGUCUCCACAACACCAUGGGCCGCAACUGCGAGAUGUGCAACCCCUUCUACUACCAGGACCCAGCCAGGGACAUCCGGGACCCAGGAGUGUGUGUGGCUUGUGAUUGUGACCCAGAUGGCUCCCUGGAUGGGGGCAUCUGUGACGGGCAUGAUGACCCCUCCCAGGGCAUGAUCGCUGGGCAGUGCCGCUGUAAGGAUCAUGUGGAGGGGCCGCGCUGUGACAAGUGCAAGUCUGGCUUCUUUGGGCUGAGUGCGGAAAACCCCCGCGGAUGCCAGCGCUGCCAGUGCGACACCCGGGGAACAGUGGCUGAAACCCCCCAGUGCGACCCUGUCAGCGGAGACUGCUUCUGCAAGCGCCUGGUGACCGGGCGGAGCUGCAACCAGUGCCUGCCGGAACACUGGGCUCUGAGUCACGACUUGAAUGGCUGCCGGGACUGUGACUGCGAUGUGGGCGGGGCUACCGACAAUCAUUGCUCCAUGGAGACAGGUCAGUGUCGCUGUCGUAGUCACAUGAGGGGUCGUCAGUGUGACCAGGUGGAGUCCGGAUACUACUUCAUGGCUCUGGAUCACUACAUCUAUGAGGCGGAACUUUCUAGACUGGGACAGGGCUGCUCUGUGGAAGAAAGAGAGCACCAGCCGGGUCGUCCAAUCACCUGGACUGGCACCGGUUUUGCCCAGGUGCCUGAGGGAAGCAGCCUGGAGUUCUCCAUCAACAACAUCCCCUACUCCAUGGAGUAUGAUGUCCUGAUUCGCUAUGAGCCCCAGAUGCCACGGGACUGGGAGGAGGUGCGUGUGACGGUGGUGCGGCCCGGUCCGAUCCCCACCAGCAGCCCGUGCGGGAACACCAUCCCUGCAGAUGACCUGCUGACUGUGUCUCUGCCUGCUGGAGCCAGGUACGUGGUGCUUCCUCAGCCUAUCUGUCUAGAGAGGGGGGUGACAUACACUCUGCGCCUGGAGUUCACCCGCUACUCAGGUCGAAACAAGGUCCCCAACACCAACAUCCUCGUAGACUCUAUCGCUCUCCUUCCCCGCUACUCCUCCAUGGAGAUGUUCAUUGCCGGGGAUCCAGCCUCCAUUGCCCGCAAGCAGAGCUACGAGCGCUACCGCUGCCACGAGAGCGCCAAGGCCGUGUCACGCCCGCAGCUCAGCGACUUCUGCGCCAAGAUGAUCAUCAGCAUGUCGGCCAUCGUCAACGACGGGGCUCUGGCUUGUCAGUGUGACCCCCAGGGCUCAAUCAGCUCAGAGUGUGACGCCCGGGGAGGACAGUGCCGCUGUAAGCCCGGCAUGAUUGGCAGGCGCUGUGACAAAUGUGCUCCUGGGACCUACGGCUUCGGGCCAGGGGGCUGCAAACCGUGCGAGUGCAGCCCCGAGGGCUCCCGAAGCCGUAUGUGUGAGCAGUACACAGGGCAGUGCCAGUGCCGCCCUGGCGCCUUCGGCCCCCACUGUGACGGCUGCCAGUCUGGCCACUGGGGCUUCCCCAGCUGCAAGCCCUGCCAGUGCAACGGGCACGCCAAGGAGUGCCACCAGAGGACCGGCAGCUGCCUCGACUGCAGAGACAACACCGCAGGGGACAAGUGUGAGCGAUGUGCCAAUGGAUACUAUGGCAACCCAGUGCUUGGCUCGGGGAGCCAGUGUCGGCCCUGCCCCUGCCCCGACAGCCCCGCAAGUGGACGCCACUUUGCCGCCUCCUGUUACCAAGACAACCGGAAUCGACAAGUGGUCUGCAAUUGCAAACAGGGGUACACAGGGAUCGUUAAGCGCUCCGAGGGGAACAUCCAGCGCUCUCGCUGCGAGGAGUGCGCACCCGGUUACUAUGGCAACCCCUCAAAGCCUGGUGGGCGCUGCCAGCCCUGCCAGUGCAGCAACAAUAUUGACCUCACCGACCUGGACUCAUGUGAUCGGCGCACCGGGGAGUGCAGGAAGUGCUUGUACAACGCAGAGGGCCCCGACUGCGGGACCUGCAAGAGCGGUUACUAUGGGGACGCCAAGCGGCGGAACUGCCGAAAAUGCACUUGCAACUUCCUGGGCACUGAGCGCAGACAGUGCUCCACGCGAGAUGAGUGCGUGUGCAACCGUGGCACUGGGCAGUGUCAGUGCUUGCCCAAUGUUAUCGGGCUGACCUGUGACCACUGUGCCACCAAUUACUGGAACCUGGCCAGUGGGCAUGGCUGUGAAUCCUGCAACUGUGACCCCAACAAUGCAGUCAGCCCCACAUGCAAUGAGUUCACAGGGCAGUGCCAGUGCCGUAGUGGCUUUGGAGGGAAGACCUGCAGGGACUGCCAGGAGAACUACUGGGGGGAUCCCAGGGUUCAGUGCAGAGUGUGCGACUGUAACAGGCGUGGCAUCGAGACGUCACAGUGCGACCGGGUCACGGGACACUGCGCGUGCCAGCAGGGUGUGUCUGGCGUGCGGUGCGACCAGUGCGCCCGCGGCUUCUCGGGCCAGUUCCCAGACUGCCAGCCCUGCCACCAGUGCUUCGGUGACUGGGACCGCGUGGUGCAGGAUCUGGCAGCGCGCACCAAGGCGCUGACCGAGCGAGCCCGCGAGAUCCAGCUCACCGGCCUGACCGGCGCUUACGAGAAGAGCUUCCGGGACCUGGAGGAGAAGUUGGCGCAGGCCCAGGGCAUCGUCAACGCCCGCAAUGCCACCGCCGGGGGCAUCACCAAACUCAUGGGGCUCAUUGAGGACUUAAGGGGUCGUAUUGGUGAGACCACUGACUCCCUAAACCGCCUGGAGGGGGACUUGACCAGUGUGCAGGACAACAACUAUGAAGCCAGCAAUGAGCUGAGUUCCCUGGAGAGAGAGGCCAAGGAGCUCAACCUGACCUCUGAUCAGCUGAACAGCCAACUGGACAUCUUGAAGAACUCCAACUUCCUUGGUGCCUAUGAUAGCAUCCGCAGCUCCUACGACAGGUCCCGUGAUGCCGAGCGACGUGCCAACCAAUCCACCACCAGUGUGCCCAGCACUGUCAGCCAAUCGGCGGACACACGUCGCAAGACAGAGCGGCUCAUAGAAGACAGAAAGGACGACUUCAACCGCAAGAACGCCGCCAACAAACGCGCCUUAGCAGAUCUCAAUACCAAGACACAGAAUCUGGACAUGAAGAAGAUCAAUGAAAAGGUUUGUGGAGCUCCUGGUGAUGCCCCCUGUGGAGAGGGCUCUUGUGGUGGUGCUGGUUGCCGUGAUGAUGAGGGGAACCGACACUGUGGAGGUCUCAACUGCAAUGGUGCUGUGGCAACAGCAGAUAAUGCCCUGAAAAGGGCCCAAGAUGCAGAGAAGGAACUGAGCAAGGCCAUGGGUGAGGUGGAGGAGCUCUUCCAGAAGGUUGCUGAGGCCAAGACAAAGGCGGAAGAGGCAAAGGGAAAGGCACAAGCAGCCCUGGACAAGGCCAAUGACACCAAGAACAAGGUGGAGCGCUCCAACAACGACCUCCGUGACCUCAUAAAGCAGAUUCGAGACUUCCUCAUGCAGGAGGGUGCAGACCCAGACAGCAUCGAAACGGUAGCAAACCGGGUCCUGGAGCUGUCAAUCCCAGCCUCACCCCAGCAGAUUCGCCACCUUGCGGAGGAGAUCAAAGACCGAGUCAACAGCCUGUCCAAUGUGGAUGCCAUUCUGGAGCAGACCCAUGGUGAUGUACGCAAAGCUGAGAUGCUGCUGCAGGAUGCCAAGAGGGCCAGGAACCGGGCAGAGGGUGCAAAAAAUACGGCAGAGACAGUGAAGCAAGCACUGGAGGAUGCCCGCAAGGCACAGGCUGCUGCAGAAAAGGCCAUACAACGUGCCAAGGAUGACAUUGGCCAGACUGAAGCCCGGCUGGCUCAGAUCCACUCAGAAACCUCUGACAGUGAAAAGGACCUGAAAGAUGCUGUGGAUCGCCUGGGCAGCCUCGGCCGGCAGAUUGAUGUCUUGAAGACAAAACGUGCCAGCAACAGCCUGGAGGCGUCCCGCGCAGAGGAGACCGCCACCAUGGCGCGGGAUAAGGCCAAUGAAGCUAAACAGAUUUUGGAUGGCGAGCUUACGGACAAAUACAGGACAGUACAGGACCUGGUGGACAGGAAGGCAAAAACAGUGCAGGAUGCCAAGCGGAAAGCAGAGCGCCUCCGGGACGAGGCCAAGCAGCUGCUGCAAGAUGCCCAGAAUAAGCUGCAGAGACUAGCAGAGCUGGAGAAAGAUUAUGAGGCCAACCAGAAAACAUUGGAAGGCAAAGCCAAGCAACUGGAUGGACUGGAGGACAAAAUGAAGGCUAUACUCAAUGACAUCAACAAGCAGAUCCAAAUAUACAACACUUGCCAGUAAUAGCCAGCCUCCACCCACUUAGCACAGACUGGGUUGCACUGCAGACACUGCACUGGAGAAACAAAAUGUACCACUGUACUAUAAACUCUGCCCUCUAGUGGUCAGAAGAGCACUACACCAAUUAUGCCAACUGUGGGGGACGACGACUGUCUUACUACAAAGUAUAGCUGCGACAUUGGCUGGAACAUUGCAUAAAACUUAAAGGGUAAUUUCACUGAAAAUAUGAAAAUGUACAUGUUUUUACAGUUGUGGAUAUACAUAGAGAGAACCAUGGAACCUUCUUGACAGCAAAAAAACCUUCUUUCCACAGUCUUUACUCAAUGUGAUGCCAACAUGUUGCAUUCACUCUUUGUAAUGUGUGUGCAAUGAAUUGACACCUGACUUGAAACUCCCUGUAAUAAGUGAGUUUUUUUUCUACCUCCAUAUGUGCCUUAUAUUUGUGUACAGGUGGUUGUCCCAGAACAUAUAAUGCAAGCCUUUUUUAAUUGAAAUGUGUUUUGCUGUAACAAAGUGUAAUCCUGGUCACGUUGUUCCCGUAUGCCUCUUGUCCUUGAAAUUUUGUACUAAGAAAAUUUGGUUGCGCCUCUUGCAUGUAUUUUUUUCUUCUUCAUCUAUGAAUGAGUAAAUUACCAUAGCUUGAGGCUGGUCCAGUAUAAAAUAGAUAUAAAGUCUAACCUACUUACUCAUACAGAAACCAUAUUUGUGUAUACAAGGUAGACUGUAUUUACAGCUUAGUGUAAGAUGGCCUUUAUAUAAUUUGCUUAAAUCUAGAGCAGAGAUCUUGUCCACACUCUCUGCAGAUUUCAAACCACAGCCAGCGUAGUCCUUUGAAACAUGGUGCCUGAAACAUGUAGCCAAUAGCAGUUACCAGAAUCAUAUCCAUAUGGAGUGGACACUGCAGCCUUCCUGGACAGGGAUCAACAGGGAAGGAGAGAUUGAGAAAUGCAUUCUUUUAUUAAGCUUAGAUAGAUAUCUUUAAAUUGGUCUUUACACUGCAAAAGUAUUUGAAGUUAAUUAAUGAAUCACUUAUAAAGGAAGAGAAGAGAUUGUAUGGAUAUCCACAAUGGAAAAGGUAAGGGACAGCAAAACAUGUGGAAUUUAACAAAGCUUCAUAUCAGCAUUUGACAAGUGUAAAACAAUGAACAAUUACUUCUGACAUUCUCACACUGGUUCUGCCAACACUAAGGUGCUAAGGAACAAAAUAUUACAUUUUUAAAUUAUAGUGAAGUAUCCUUUAAAUUUCAUGUACAAUACAUCAAUACUGUGAAUGGAAUAGGAUGAAAGAUGACAACAUCAUGUCACUCACAAAUUCUAUACUUAAAAACAUUGCUGACUUUAAAAGACAUUCAGUUUUUGCAUUUUGCGUUUUUGAAUUUUGCAGUGGCACAUUCGUUGACCAUAUUGUUUUUUGGUCUGUAGAACGCAAUGAAAUAAACCAAAACUUGCUUAUGUUAGAA